UCACAGCGAGAUGCCCCACCACCGCCACCUCACUCCGUCUCCCUCCCACGAGGAGCACGAGACCCCAAACCCCUCGCUAACCCCUCCUCCAAUGCAGCUCGCCGCCCUCGCCUCCGACGAGCCCCCGCCGCCGCCGCCGGAGCAAUCCCCCCGGCGGAUCGUGGUCGCCCACAGGCUCCCCCUGAACGCGACGCCGGACCCCGGAUCCCCCUUCGGCUUCGCCUUCUCCCUCAGCGCCGACGCCCACGCGCUCCAGCUCUCGCACGGCCUCGGCCUCGCCCACGUCGUCUUCGUCGGCACCCUCCCCGCGGAGGCCGCCCGCGCGCUGCGGCGCUCCGACGAGCUCGACCGCCACCUCCUCGGGUGCUUCUCCUGCCUCCCGGUGUUCCUCCCGCCGCGCGCCCACGACGAGUUCUACGCCGGGUUCUGCAAGCACUACCUGUGGCCGCGCCUCCACUACCUGCUCCCGCACGCGCCGGCGGCCAACGGCUACCUCCACUUCGACGCCGGGCUGUACCGCUCCUACGCGUCGGCGAACAGGAGCUUCGCCGCGCGCGUCGUCGAGGUGCUCUCCCCGGACGACGGCGACCUCGUGUUCGUCCACGACUACCACCUCUGGCUCCUCCCUUCCUUCCUCCGCCGCGGCUGCCCGCGCUGCCGCGUCGGGUUUUUCCUCCACUCGCCGUUCCCCUCCGCCGAGGUGUUCCGAUCCAUCCCCGUCCGGGAGGAUCUCCUCCGCGCCCUCCUCAACGCCGAUCUCGUCGGCUUCCACACCUACGACUACGCGCGUCACUUCCUCUCCGCGUGCUCUCGCCUCCUCGGCCUCGCCUACACCUCCCGGCACGGCCGCGUCGGCAUCAACUACCAUGGCAGGACGGUGCUGAUCAAGUUCCUCUCCGUCGGCGUCGACAUGGGCCUUCUCCGCACCGCCAUGGCUUCGCCGGAGGCCGCCGCCAAGUUCAGGGAGAUCACUGAGGUGGAGUACAAGGGCCGCGUACUCAUGGUGGGCGUGGACGACGUCGAUAUCUUCAAGGGCGUGAGGCUGAAGCUCCUGGCCAUGGAGAGUUUGCUCGAGACGUACCCGGCGUUGCGCGGCAGGGUGGUGCUCGUCCAGAUCCACAACCCCACGCGCUGCGGCGGCCGCGACGUGGAGCGCGUCCGCGGCGAGACGGCCAAGAUACAGGCGCGCAUCAACGCGCGGUUCGGCGGUCCGGGGUACCAGCCGGUCGUCGUCGUCGACCGCGCCGUCCCCAUGGCCGAGAAGGUGGCGUACUACGCCGCCGCCGAGUGCUGCGUCGUCAGCGCCGUCCGCGACGGGCUCAACCGCAUCCCGUACUUCUACACGGUGUGCCGGGAGGAGGGCCCCGUCGACGCGAAGGGCGCCGCCGGCGGCCAGCCGCGGCACAGCGCCAUCGUUCUCUCCGAGUUCGUCGGGUGCUCGCCGUCGCUGAGCGGCGCGAUCCGCGUGAACCCCUGGAACAUCGAGGCCAUGGCGGAGGCCAUGCACGGCGCGCUCACCAUGAACGUCGCCGAGAAGCAGGCGAGGCACGUGAAGCACUACACGUACCUCAAGCUGCACGACGUGAUCGUGUGGGCGAGGUCGUUCGCCGCCGACCUCCAGCUCGCGUGCAAGGACCGCUCCACGAUGCGGACCAUCGGCAUGGGGAUCGGGCCGAGCUACCGCGUCGUCGCCGUCGACGCCGCCUUCAAGAAGCUCCCGCCGGAGCUCGUCAACCUGUCAUACCGCGCCGCCGCCGCCGCAGCCGCCGGCGGCGGCGGCGGCAGGCUGAUCCUCCUCGACUACGACGGCACGCUGGAGCCCACCGGCGCGUUCGACAACGCGCCCAGCGACGCGGUGAUCGUCAUCCUCGACGAGCUUUGCUCCGACCCUAACAACGUCGUCUUCAUCGUCAGCGGCCGGAGCAAGGACGACCUCGAACGCUGGCUCGCGCCAUGCGCCAACCUCGGCAUCGCCGCGGAGCACGGCUACUUCAUUAGGUGGAGCAGGGACGCGCCAUGGGAGACCAUGGCGAGCAAGCAGCUGGCGGCGGCCAUGGAGUGGAAGGCGGCGGCCAAGAACGUGAUGAGGCACUACGCGGAGGCGACGGACGGGUCGUACAUCGAGGCGAAGGAGACGGGGAUGGUGUGGCGCUACGAGGACGCCGACCCGAGGCUGGCGCCAUUGCAGGCCAAGGAGCUCCUCGACCACCUCGCCACCGUGCUCGCCAGCGAGCCCGUCGCCGUGCGCAGCGGCUACAAGAUCGUCGAGGUGAUCCCUCAGGGCGUGAGCAAGGGCGUCGCGGCGGAGUGCAUCGUGUCGGCCAUGGCGGCGCGCCGCGGUGGCGCGCUGGGGUUCGUCCUGUGCGUCGGGGACGACCGCUCCGACGAGGACAUGUUCGGGGCUCUCGCGAGCCUCUGCGGCGGCGGCAAGAACGGCGGUGCUUCGUCUUCCACCACCACCACCACCGCGCUCCUUGCGGCGGCGCAGGUGUUUGCGUGCACGGUGGGGAACAAGCCGAGCAUGGCGAGCUACUACCUCAACGACAAGGAGGAGGUCGUCGACAUGCUCCAUGGCCUGGCCUUCUCGUCGCCGUCGUCCCGGCUCCGCGCCGCGGCGGCUCCCCGGCGGCCGGCGGAUUUCGAUAUCAAGUCCCUCCUCCGGUGUGAGUAAGAUUGAUUGCUGCAUCCAUCGAUCGGGGAAGAAGCUACCUUGCUUGCUGCGAAAAUGGUAGCUUAAACUGCUUAGCAAUUACCAGAAACAGUGAGAAAGAUCAGAAUAAACGUGCAAUUUGCACCGGAGAAAUCUUUAGAAAUCAAAGAUUUGUUGGACUUGGGACAGUGAUGAGCUGUGCGUCAGAGGUUGCUUUUGCCUGUCAAUUUUGUUUCGUUUUGCUUAACCUAUGUUUAGAUUACCUGUUGUUUUACCAUAUCAUUGCCUGAUGUGUUUGACGAAAUAUGUUGUUUUACCAUACCUUUGACCUUUCCAAGACCAUAUUCCUGUUCAAUAUUUUAAGGAGAAGCAGAUGCAGAUGUUACUGUCA